AUGGCAAGGACAGAAGCUCGGGGAUCCGCCGAGCAACCGCUCCAAGGUGUCAUGUUAUGCUUUACUUCAGUCGGACCAGAGGACAGGAGCCGAUAUGCGGACAUGGCGAUGCAGAUGGGAGCUGAACACAAGCUCGACUUGACUUCCGAUACGACCCAUCUCAUUGUGGGGAGCACAGACACCCUGAAAUAUCAGUAUGUUGCUCGAGAAAGAGAAGAUAUUAAAGUGCUCCGUCCGGAAUGGAUUGAGGCUGUUCGAGAUCACUGGAUAAACGACUUGCCUCUGGACCUCGACAGUCUCACACAACAAUAUCGGAUGCCCACUCUUGCCGGUUUAAAAAUCUGCAUCACAGGCUUCGAUGACCUUGCAUUUCGUGCCCAACUGCAGAAGAAUGUCAAAGAAAAUGGCGGGGAAUACACAGGAGAUCUGACCAAGGAUGUAACCCAUCUGAUCGCUGCGAAGCCCGAAGGCAAAAAGUAUGAAUAUGGCAUGCAAUGGCAGAAAAAAGUCGUCAGCCUCAAAUGGUACAAGGAUACAUUGGAAAGGGGCAUGCAAUUGGACGAACGACUCUAUCAUCCUACUAUUCCGGUUGCCGAACAAGGUCUUGGGGCAUGGAAUCGAAAAGCGAGGCGUUCUCCUCAACUUGGCAAACGCACAAGAGAAGACAAUGUCGGACCAGAACCUUCUCGAAAGCUCCGGAGGACAGCAAGCGCCAAAUUUGGAAGUCAGACGCAAGAUAUGUGGUCGGAUAUUGUGGGCGGUGCUGGGUUUGAGGCUAAAAAACUUGAGCGUCCGGAGCUGAAGCCUUCGGUUUCUAUGCCUGCCCUUCGAGAAGUUGCCAGGAAGUCAGCUGCCAUCAGCGACCCUGAAGCCGAAUCCAUCAACAGAGUUUCUAAUCACGGCGCCAAUGGGUUCCUGAUAGGUUGCCUGUUCAAGGUACAAUUGUUCGAAGAGAAGAAGAGAAAACACCUUGAAAAAGUGUUGGUUGAGUAUGGGGCGACAAUCGUCAGCGAAGGAGAAGAGACCGAUGAGAACAAACGCGACAGUAUAAUUGCCAUACAGCCUCAUGAUGUAGGCAAGAAAGAUUCAACACCAGCCGAAAUCAUUGCAGGUGGUUCCCAAGUGGUGUCCGAAUUCUGGCUUGAAAAAUGCAUGCUCGCAAAGUCUUUCGUCGACCCAUGCAAAUACCCACUCGGACAGAUACUCCGGGGAUCCCUUUCAUGUUUGAGAGAUCUGACCAUCAACGCAACUGGCUUCGAUGGUCUAGAAGCUGUGCAUGUAUCCAAGAUCGUCACGUUGCUCGGGGGUAGUUACUCGCAGAUGUUCACUGCGGCCGUCUCUAUGCUGAUCUGCAAAGCCGGCAGUGCCAAAAAGGACAAACUUGAGUUUGCACAGCACGUGGGAAUUCCCGCUGUGACUGAGGAGUGGCUGUGGUCAACAAUCAAGAACCAAGCCAAAGCUAAUGUCGAAAGCUAUCUAUUCAGACAGGCGCGAUCGCAUACAGCGAACAGUGAGAGGCCAGCGAAGAGAAGCGCUCUGGAAGACUAUGUUGAAGUUAGCACGAUUCCUCUUCCACGAAAUGCGGGUGACUAUAGAGCGAACCCGGAAUCCAGGCCCAACGGGACUCGAACGCAUGAUGGAUCCGCCCCCGACAAAUCAACGAAAUCAAAUUCUUGUCUCAAUGUUCAGCGGGGGGCGGAGGAGAUGCAGGGACAAGCUAAAGAAGGACCAUCUGCUUCUGGUGGUGCUGGUGGUGCUGGUGGUGCUGGUGGUGCUGGUGGUGCUUCGGGACGAAAUGAGACAAAAGAAAAAUCAGACGACGAUGGGAACUAUUCGCCCCGGAUACUAUCCCCGAACGGCGGAAAUGCACGUUUGGAGAAUAACCAACCAUCAAUCCAACCGUUGGACGCUCUCUCGAGGACAGAAGACUCGACAUCAAAGGAGAACGCUCCAGCGCCUGCCAAAAGUGGUGGGCGGGCUGAAGUUCAAAGCAAACCCACAGAUAUCGAAGCAAUCAAUGGCGCUAUCAGAGACAUCCUGAACGAGCACUCCAGAAAGAAAUCUGUCGGCAGCAAUCAAAACGAUCCCCUAAAGAAGAAUCGAUUAUUCGGGCGAGCGUUGAGCAACCUGUCCAAUUCAUCAACAGCCUCGAAUGUGAGGUGGUCAAGAGCCAGUUCUAUUGACAGUAUCAACACGGACGGGAUUGGUAGCGAGAUUGUUACUAUCCAGUCAGCCGAGACCCAGAACGGUGAAAGCACAUCUACAGCUGAGAAAGGCACCUUUAACUUCAUUGGACGGGCAAAGCGGACUCUAGCUGCACUCAAAUCAGCUCCAUUGGAGAUGGACGAUUCCGACAUGCCCAGAAAUGCCGGUUUCUCAAUAGAGCAGCAUGCAGCACCACCCAUGACCCAACUGGGUUAUGAAGACUCCGAAGAAGCGAUCCUGUUGCGGGAGAAACUGGCUGCAUCGAGGAAAAAGAGAUCUGGAAUGGAUGGAGCAAACGAAGAAAGCAUACAAGCUCCACAAGCUCGGCGAUUGAAGUCUGUGGAACGUAAGAUUCGAGAUGAUGAUAUACUUGCGAGUGUCAAUGCUGGAUGGGGUGCAGGAAGACGGACCAGGCACAAGCAACGAAGUCCACCAGGUCAAGGGAUUAAAGAAUUUUGA